CGACCUCGCGCGGAAUCGCCGGGUCACGCCGCGUUCACCUCCUUUGCCGCCAACGCGCUCAGGACUCCGCAGACUCCCUGCCGAUCGGUCGCCUAGCCUCCAUCUCCGAGCGAUUCCAUGCAGCAGGCCGACUCCGAGGCAACGCCCUCUCCAGCCGCGCAGGAGACGCCACAGCUAGCAGGGCCCUCCAACCGCUCGGAGCCCACCAUGGCCCCUCAGCAAACAGGUAGCAGGAAGAGGAAAGCCACCGAGGUACAGGAGGGCGCGGGGACCUCUUCGUCGCCAGGCCCGUCUGCGGCAAUGGCGAUGGCCGAGGCAGGCCAAGCCGAGGGGCCGUUGCUGCUGACCAAGAGGCAGCGGCGGCCCGUGGCUCGCCACUCGUUGGUGCACUACCUGAAGGGCCGCACUCUGGGCGCAGACGGCCACCCGGGGCUGGCCGGCUUCGAGGGCGAUCUGCGCAGCUACGGGGUCCUCAGGCUGCCCGAGCUGCUGAGGGAGCGCCAGCUGUCCCUCGGGCCCCUCAACAAAGUGUUCGCGUCGCAGUGGCUCAACGCCAGGCAGGUGGUGUGUGGCACCAAGUGCAACACGCUCUUCGUGGUGGAUGUCAAGACCGACCACAUAAUGCGCAUUCCUCUGAUGCGCGACAGGGUGCCCGACCUGUCCCAGGGCUCGCCCUCCUGUGGCAUUCAUGCUGUGGAGCUGAAUCCCUCCAAGACCCUCAUGGCCACUGGAGGAGAAAACCCCAACAGCCUGGCUGUCUACCAGCUGCCCACGCUGGACCCUGUGUGCCUAGGAGAUUGCCAAGGCCACAGGGAUUGGAUCUUCGCCAUCGCAUGGAUGAGUGACACCGUGGCUGUGAGUGGCUCCCGCGACGGUACCGUGGCUCUCUGGCGAGUGGAUCCCGACAUGUUCAAUGGCAGCAUCGCUUGGCACAAGGAUGCAGGCCUUCCUGUGUAUGCUCACAUCCGUCCUAGAGAUAUGGAGGCCAUCCCCAAAGCCACUACUAAUCCAGGUAACCGCAAAGUGCGAGCCCUUGCGUUCAGCAACAGAAACCAGGAGCUGGGAGCCGUGUCUCUGGAUGGCUACUUCCACCUGUGGAAAGCCCGAAGCUCCCUGUCCAGGCUGCUGUCCCUGAGGCUGCCCUACUGCCGGGAGAACGUGUGUCUCACCUACUGUGAAGAGUUGGCCCUCUAUGCCGUGGGAUCCCAGUCUCACGUUUCAUUCCUGGAUCUGCGCCAAGGCCAGCAAAACAUCCCACCACUGUGUUCCAGAGAGGGAGGCACCGGCGUCCGUUCUCUGAGUGUCCACCAGCAUGUCGUCACAGUGGGAACAGGCCAUGGUUCUCUGCUCUUCUAUGACAUCCGUGCCCAGAAGUUCCUUGAGGAGAGGUCUGCGAUCGGUCCAGACUUGUUUCCUGCGCCUUCUGGAAGGAAGCUCAAGCUCACCUGUGGCAGCGGCUGGAUCAACCAGGAUGAUCUCUUAGAGAAUUACGUUGCUGGUGUGGAAGAUUUCCCCAAUGCCCUUUACACUCACUGCUACAACUGGCCAGAGAUGAAGCUGUUCGUGGGAGGGGGACCACUGGCCUCAGGCCUCCAUGGCAACUAUGCAGGCCUCUGGAGCUAAGGUGGAACCGGCCCAGAUAAACCAGUGUGCUUCUUAGCAGAGAGGUAGAGAUGGAGCUGUCAGAAGUCGCUUUGAGAAAUUUUCUGCACCUGUUCACCAUUCUUUCGACUUUUCAUACAAAUACUUUCCACUAAUUCUUAGCUGUGUUGUCUUUGAGUGAGUGAUCCAUAUAGUCUAUCUGUGGAAGCAAACCCCCCUUAUGAUGUUGGAAUUGUGUAAGUGUUGUGUUGUUUUACUAAUAGCAGUUUUAAAGAUAAUGAUUUUAGUCUUCAUCACAUAUGGGUGAUAUAUUAAGAAUAUUUUCUAAUACACAGAGUUUGGACAUCUGUCGUGGAGCACUAACCAUAGUUUUAUAGCAUUGUUCCAAUUGUAAAAUACAUUCCAUGUUCCAGAUUGCCUACUUUUGGAAAUAAGUCACUCAUGAAUUGUGAUCAUGGUGUAUAUAGUUUGUAUGUUGUUGGUGCAAAAUGCACUUUUCUAAAAGUUUAUUAUCUGAAAAGAGCUGUCAUAGAAUCUUGUGUCUAUAUCAAAAUCUCGGUGGAUGAGGACGGUUUAGGUAUUCAAGUGUUCAAGGGGUCUGCUAAUUUGAACUUUCAAAAUUAAUCCAAAAAUCAGUGUUUUUUCUUUCAAGCCUUAUUUUAGUUUUAUGCUCUGUCUUCUUAUUGAUUAAAGAAUGUACUUAUUUUCACUUCUUGCCUUAGUACUAUCAAGACUUACGGAUAUAUUUGAAUGUUUGUGGCUGGAGUAACUUACACAGUGUUUCAGUGCCAUCAUUCGAUGCAGGGAUAUUAAGUAUAAAUGUAGAAUGGAUGGAAGACAAGGCAGAGAAUACACUGCUCUAAGGUAUAGAUGGGAUAUUUUUGCUGUUGCUAUUUUUAAUACCAAAUGUUAUAUUUGAGCAUAUUUUAAAUUUUCAAAAAUCUGUUUGAGUUAAGUUAAAAGAAAAACAUGCAAAGGAAGAAAAUGAGCCCACCCAGCUCACAGUGAAAGAAACUCCCCCUCUUUAUAAGCUCCAAAUUAAUUAUAUCUUAUUUUGUGAACUUCAAAGGUCCAUACUUAAAGUAGAAAUGUGUGUUACUAAAGCCUCAAUUUCUAUGCCUCUAAAUAUAAUAAGGUGUGAUUAUGAUAAUGCACUGUGAUUUUCCAAUAGAGGAGCUGGGAAUUUCAAAGAUAGGCAUGACUGAAGAACUUUGACAUUCAGAUAAAUAGAGGUAAUGAGAUGUUAUACAGAUAUGUUGGACUUGUUCAUAGUGAGAAUACUGAAAGUGAGAAAAGGAGCCAGGCCUUACUCAACGCUGGCCAGGAUGUGUUAGCUCUGGAUUGGUAUUGAGCUGUGUUUCCUUUUCCUUAAACAUCUGACAUGUUGUUCAGUACCAAACCUAAAUUGCUGAGAGGAUUUAAAGGUGAGUUAGGAGUACAAAAUGGUCAGAUUUUACUUUAUAGAAUUUAUGCAGGUUUAUUUACAAAUUAUCUGUGCAUUUUUUUGUUUGCAUGUAUGUUUCAGACUCUAAGUGACUUGAGAAUAGAAAUUGUAAACUGCCAUCUUUUAUUUCUUUAUUUGUAUACUAAGGCCGGAAAAGGCAAUCAGUUAUUAUUUACUGAUUUUUUUUUUUUUUGCCAGUGGAAGCCUGCACUUCAAAUUGUAAUAAAUAUUUGCUGUUGCAUAAUAAAGAACCUUGCUGUGUGUU